CCCACCAUGAACUGGGGGGUCUUCGAGGGUCUCCUGAGUGGGGUGAACAAAUACUCCACAGCCUUCGGACGUAUCUGGCUGUCUCUCGUCUUCAUCUUCCGCGUGCUGGUGUACCUGGUAACAGCCGAGCGUGUGUGGAGCGAUGACCACAAGGAUUUUGACUGUAACACCCGCCAGCCCGGCUGCUCCAACGUCUGCUUCGACGAGUUCUUCCCCGUGUCCCACGUGCGCCUGUGGGCCCUGCAGCUCAUCCUGGUCACCUGCCCCUCCCUGCUGGUGGUGAUGCACGUGGCCUACCGCGAGGCUCGGGAGAAGAAGCACCGAGAGGCAGCGGGGGAGGGGGGUGGGCGCCUCUACCCAGACCCCGGCAAGAAGAGGGGUGGGCUCUGGUGGACCUACGUCUGCAGCUUGGUGUUCAAGGCCGGCGUGGAUGUUGCCUUCCUUUACUUGUUCCAUUCCUUCUACCCCAAAUACACCCUUCCUCCUGUGGUCAAGUGCCACGAGGCUCCAUGCCCCAAUGUGGUGGACUGCUUUAUUUCCAAGCCAACCGAGAAGAACAUCUUCACCCUGUUUAUGGUGGUCACCGCCGUCAUCUGCAUCCUACUCAACCUGGUGGAGCUCGCCUACCUAGUGACCAAGCGGUGCCGUGAGUGCCUACCAGCCAGGAAAGCCGGAGGCCAGUACCUGGAGCAUCCCCCGGGCUAUGCCAGAAAGCAGGAUGACCUUCUCUCGGGUGAUCUCAUCUUUCUGGGCCCAGACACGUAUCCUCCGCUCUUACCAGACGGCCCACGGGACCAGGUGAAGAAAACCAUUCUGUGAGGAGCUGGCCGGACUGCACUGGCACAGCAGGGCUGCAAUGGGAAGGCGGCAGCAGCCCUGCCUGCCUCAGUGGACGCCCAUCAGUGAGUGUGCUGAUGAGGGGCAGCCUGAGUCGUCGGGGAAGCUGAGCCGAAAGGACGGGGCAGCUCACGGAGAGAAGUCAGAUAGUCUGGGAUCAAAUCCCUAUUCCUCCACUCCAAUCACUUACACCAGCUGUUUGGGCUUGAGGUGCUUGGCACCUCAGCUUCCUUUUCUGUAAAACGGACAUACUGGUGCCUACCUCACGGGGCUGCUGUGAGGGACGUUUAAUAAGAGAACAUUCAGGCAAAGGCCUUCCACGUGUGUGGCCUAUGGUCAGAGCUUAA